GGGUAUCAGGCCAGGGAGACAGCAGUUUCUGGGUCAGGUGAGGCCUCAAUUGUGAUCAGAAACAACUGCAAAGCCUGCUGCCUGCCUGAGCCUCAGCCCUUGGGAAAUGACAGCUAGGCUGUUCCCCUUCCUGUGGGGUGGCUGACGUGAAAACCCCGUGACAAGGAGGACUGGUCUCCGAGUGCCUGUGCUCCGUGCAUCUGUCUGAUCUAUGGACACCAAGGUCCCUCCAUCCGUAUAGCUGGGACAGAGACAGGAGACAUCAUGACCCCCAUCCUCACGGCCUUGCUCUGUCUAGGGCUGAGUGUGAGCUCCAGGACCCAAGUGCAGGCAGGGACCCUCCCCAAACCCACCAUCUGGGCUGAGCCAGGCUCUGUGAUCCCCAUGGAGACAUCAGUGACCCUCUGGUGUAAGGGGAGCCUGAAAGCCCAGAAGUACAUCCUGUAUAAAGAUGGAUACCCAAGGAUCUGGGAGGCGCAGAAGCCACUGGAGCCGAAGGACAAGGCCAAGUUCCCCAUCACAGACAUGACAAGUGUAUAUGCAGGACGGUAUCGCUGUUACUAUGAAAGCCCCACUGGCUGGUCGGAGCCCAGUGACCAGCUGGAGCUGGUGGUGACAGGGAUGCACAGCAAACCCAGCCUCUCAGUUCUGCCCAGCCCUAUCGUGCCCUCAGGAGGGAACGUGACCCUCCAGUGUGGUUCAUGGAGAGGAUUUAACAGGUUUAUUCUGAUGAGGGAAGUAGAAGGCCAGCCCUCCUGGACCCGGGACUCCCAGCGAGCCCCCAGUGGAGAGUUCCAGGCCCUGUUCCCUGUGGGCCCCGUGAUCCCCAGCCUCAUGUGGACGUUCAGAUGCCAUGGUUUUUACAGCAACACCCCCCAGGUGUGGUCACUCCCCAGUGACCCUCUGGAGCUGCUGGUCUCAGGUGUGUUGGGGAAGCCCUCCCUCUUGACCCAGCAGGGCCCUGUUGUGACCUCUGGACAGAACCUGACCCUCCAGUGUCUCUCUGAUGUCAGCUACGACAGAUUCGCUCUGUUCAAGGAAGGGACAAGUGACCUCCUUCAGCUUCAUGGCCGGCAGACUCAGGCUGGGUUCUCUGGGGCAGACUUCUCCCUGAGCCCAGUGAAAUCCUCCCACGGGGGCCAGUACACAUGCUACGGUGGACACAGCCUCUCCUCCCAGUGGUCAGCCCCCAGUGACCCCCUAGACAUCCUGGUCACAGGACAGCUCUCCUAUACACCCUCCUUAUGGGUGCAUCCAGGACCCACGGUGGCCCCAGGAGAGAAUGUGACCCUGCUGUGUCAGUCACUGAGCAAUGUGGACACAUUCCUUCUGUCCAAGGAUGGGGCAGCUGAUGCCUCCUUGCGUCUUAGAUCGAAGUACCGAGCUGGGAAGUACGAGGCUGAAUUCUCCAUGAGUCCUGUGACCCCAGCCCAUGGGGGGACCUACAGGUGCUACGGCUCUAUCAAAACCUUCCCCUACCUGUUGUCAUACCCCAGUGUCCUCGUGGAGAUCCUGGUCUCAGGAUCCUUUGGACACCAUGGCCCCCCACCCACAAUGUCCAGCCCAACAGCUGCUCCUGCCCAAGGUCCUAGCUGGUACCUGUAUGUCCUCAUUGGGGCCUCGGUGGCCUUCAUCCUGAUGCUCUGCCUCCUUAUCCUCCUCCUGGUCCGACAGCAACGUCGGGGCAAAUGCAGGAAGUCGACAGGGGAUGCAGACCCAGAGCCCAAGGACAGAGGCCUUCAGGACAGCUCCAGGCCAGCUGCUGUCGCCCAGGAGGAAACCCUCUAUGCUGCUGUGCAAGACUCAUGGCCUGAGGAUGGGGUCAAGCUGGACCAUUGGCAGAACACACAGGAUGAAGAUCCCCAGGGAGUGACGUACGCCCAGGUGAGCCACUCAGUGUCAAGUCUCAAGUGGGUCCUGGCCACUCCUCUAUCCUCCCUUUCAGGAGGAUUACAGGACUCAGAGGACAGACAAGCAGAGGAAGAUAGGUGGAUGGACAGUCAGGCUACUGCAUCUGACGCCCCCCCAGAUGUGACCUACGCUCAGCUGAACCACUUGACCCUCAGACAGAAGACAAGUGCAUCCUCUCCCUCCCAGUCAGGGGAGCCCCCAGCAGAGCCCAGUGUGUAUGCUGCUCUGGCCAUUCACUAGCCCAGAAAGGACCCAGACCCCAUACUCCAGGGAGAGGGACCCCACGGACCCUAGGAAGGCACAGGACCUGCCCACAGUGGGUGCUACCUGGUUGUGGACUUCUCAUAGAGACCAGUUGGAACUCCUGGGGUCCUCUCAGAGUCACUCGAUUCUUCCCUCAAAGAUACUCCCGCACUUUGGAAAUUAAAGCAAUGGACUUCUCAAUAAUCCAGGAGUGAAAUGAGAAAACCAAAAUGGAAAUGAGAGAAUGUUUACACUGAAGGAUUAUGUAAAACGUUACACAUAAAACCUGAAAUGGGAAAUUAAGAACCAAGAACAAAAUGUUUAGGAAGGAAAAAGCCUAAAAAAAAUGAAUGACAUAUUCUAUCAUAUCAAGAAUUUAGAGAAAGAAUAGCAAAAGAUUCCAAAUGAAGGUAAAGGAGGAAAAUAAUGAGAAGAGUAGCUAAGAAUAAGGACAAAAAAUUUUUUUAAAUCAAUAAAGCCAAAAAUGUUCAUU